AUGGAGACGUUUACGGUGCCUCGCGCUGAUCUUGCGGACCUCUACUCCGUGGUUCCGUACAAUGUCACCGACGAGAUGUCAGUCAUGGGUUACGGUGGUAACGAGACCGUGCUACCGACCCCGGUGAGAAGCGCCAGCGGCAUCAUCAUAGCCAUAUCCAUCACGGCGCUCUACUCCGUUAUUUGUGUGGUGGGACUACUGGGCAACAUCCUGGUGAUGUACGGGGUGGUCAGGUACACCAAGCUGAAGACGGCCACCAACAUCUACAUCUUCAACCUGGCGCUGGCGGACGCCCUGGCCACCAGCACGCUGCCCUUCCAGAGCGCCAAGUACCUGAUGAACACCUGGCCCUUCGGCGAGGCGCUCUGCAAGGUGGUGAUCGCCAUCGACUACUACAACAUGUUCACCUCCAUCUUCACGCUGACCAUGAUGAGCGUGGACCGCUACAUCGCCGUGUGCCACCCCGUGCGCGCGCUGGGCUUCCGCACGCCGGCCAAGGCCAAGCUGAUCAACGUGCUGAUCUGGGUGCUGUCGUCGGCCAUCGGCGUGCCCAUCAUGGUCAUGGCGGUCACCAAGGUGACGGACAGUGGUAAAACCCUGUGCAUGCUGAAGUUCCCCGACCCCGACUGGUACUGGGACACGGUCACCAAGAUCUGCGUGUUCAUCUUCGCCUUCGUGGGGCCCGUCAUGGUGAUCACGGGCUGCUACGGCCUGAUGAUCCUGCGGCUGCGCAGCGUGCGUCUGCUCUCGGGCUCCAAGGAGAAGGACCGCAACAUGCGGCGCAUCACCCGCAUGGUGCUGGUGAUCGUGGCGGCCUUCAUCGUGUGCUGGACGCCCAUCCACAUCUUCAUCAUCGUGAAGACCCUGGUGGAGGUGGACAACCGCAACCCCUUCGUGGUGGCCGUGUGGCACCUGUGCAUCGCCCUGGGCUACACCAACAGCAGCCUCAACCCCGUGCUCUACGCCUUCCUGGACGAGAACUUCAAGCGCUGCUUCCGGGACUUCUGCGUGCCCUGCCGGCCCGGCGCCGACCCGCGUAGCCUGGGCCGCGGCCGCCAGGCCCCGAGGGAGCCCGUGUCGGUGUGCGCCCCGUCGGACGCCCGGAAGAACCCGGCGUGA